AUGAUAAUCCCCAUCAAGAAGGCCCAGCAGCGACUCUACUUUCUGAGGAUCCUCAGGAAAAGCAACCUGGAGGGGAAGCUGCUGGUAUCCUUCGACCGCUGCUCCAUCGAGAUGGAAAGGAAGGCCUCUCAGAGGGUCAUCAUCAACGCCGCCCAGAAAAUCACUGGUUGCACACUGCCCUCCCUGAAGGACAUCUUCAGCUCUCGCGGCCUGGGCAGAGCAGCCAACGUCCUGAAAGACCCAUCCCACACAGGACACAACCUGUACAGGUCUCUCAAAGCUCGAAAGAACAGGCUCAGAGACAGCCUCUAUCCCAUAGCCAUACGAUGGCUGUUACACCACCUGACGCCCCCCUCUCUCCAAAGCAGGCAUUUCAACCCACCAACAUAUGGCCUGGAGCAGAAGCUGAACCAGCUCUUGCAGCAGGCCCUCAGGGAACUCAAUCUACCUGGAACACAGGACCUACUACCGGGUGUGGUGCACUCGGAUCAGUGCCUGUGUGUUCUGGGAUCCCCUCUGCCAUACCUCUCCAUGCUGCUGGAGGCAGGCCAGCGCACCCAAGGAGAUGCUCUGCUCUGUCUCUCGCCAUCAUGGCUGUCACGCUCCUCCUCUUCCUCCCUCCUGGUGCACAAGGCUGUCACCUUUGACCUCGGGGGCCGCACCUUCAUCUCAAACUUCAGCCCUCCUCGAAAGGUCACCUACUUCCUGUCAUGUGACCCUUAUUCGAAUGAGGAAGUCACCUUUGAGACAGACUGCCCGAUAGGGAGUUCUGGACCGCUGGGGAGGUUUUGGGGUGAUGUCCUGACAUCCAGGGUUCUGCUGCAGAAAGCUAGCCUCAACACACCCCCCACCCUGGCACUUCUGAACCCCUCAGCAGACACGCCCUUGGAGGAAGGCGUCGUGGGAGCCGUAGAACUGGUCCUCCUCGGAAAAACGCUGAAAAGCAACCUCGACUUGAUCAGAAAUAAGGUUUUCUCCUUCCUGGAAUCCAAAGCUGUGAGGCAUGCUGACAAGGUUGUGUUGAGGCGCAGCGGAGGCCGGUUUGUGGACUGGGCGGCCUCCUCAAAGCCGGUGUAUCUCUCACUGGACAUCACGGAGGAGGUGUGGGCCUACGUGGUCAAGAUCCUGCCGGGGCUGCUCCCUGGAGAGGCAGCCCUUCUGGAGGGCUUCUGCCCUCCCCUGAAGCCCCAGGCCACCCUGGAGGUGCGCACCUGGGAGGAGUAUGCGGGUGGCCCGCCUCCCAUCCCUGACCUGUCCUUCAGAUUGUGUGCUGUGGUUACCCGCUCCCCACAAGACAUCCCUCUCAUCUACAAGUUGGUGUGUAGAGUGGGCGCCUCGGACUCUCCUCUCUCCCACCAUCAGUCUUUGUGUCAGUCCCUGGAGACCACCUUGAGUGAAUGCGGCUUUACUGACCCUAUGUUCGCUGUCUCGCUCCGUCACUUAGCAACCAAGACUGCCCUGGACUGUCUCCGCCUCGUCAUGGAGACAGAGUCCGACAUGUCCUCUGAAAAACGAGGAGGCGUCAAUGCGCAGACUGACAUGAUUGGUGUAGACUUGCUCUUCACAUCUGACGGAGCCACUAUCAAACCUGUGGUCCUGGGCUUCCAUCCAAGCCUCUGCCUUCACUCCUCUUACCCAGAGCAAGAGUGGGAAAUCCAGCCGAGAGACAGUGAGAUGGAGGCGUGUCGCGGGACGCUCCUCCUCACCCCCUUCAUUCGCUCCCAGCGCUAUCUGAUGAGCGGGAAGACGGUUCUCGUCAUAGGAGCCGGUGGUUACAGUAAGAGCUUCAUAUGGGAGGCGGCCCGCCAUUACCAGCUGAAAAUAGUCCUUGUCGACGGCGACCCCAACCACUUUGCAUCCAAGAUGGUGGAUCACUUCUUCGCCGUCCCGGAGAUCGCCGACCACCAACAAGAUGAGCAACACUGCGUGCUCAUCUGUGAUUGGCUGAUUGCCUCCGACCUUCACCCGGACGGCUGCGUUUGCUUCUGGGAUGACUCCGUGAUCCUGACGUCGCAGAUCUGCGACAAGCUCCGCCUGAGGGGUCCUCUCCCAGGGGCCGUGGCCAUCGCCAAGGAGAAGAGCAGAACCCACCUGCACCUUCUGUCGCUGACAAAGGCCGCGGGGGUCCUAACCGCGUCCGUAGAGCUGCCCUCCGGUCAGGUGGAUAGCCAGGCUGACGGGAAGGACAGAUACAAACCAGGAAUGAACGGCUCGGAAGGGGAAACAUUAAGAGCCCUUGCCGAAUUUGGUGCGAGGGAUUACCUCACUGGCUCCGCAGACACGAUCGAGAGCACUUGCACACAUUCCUUAUUGGUUGCUUCCCCACGCUUCCCGGCACACGCUUCCUCCCCUGCCCCUGAUGAUCCAUUCCAUCCAUGUGUUCCCCUGCUCUCUCCAUCUCCCAGCUCCUACGCGGUGCCCUGCCUCCACGUGGAGAGCGUCUCGGACCUGAAUAAGGCAGCAGCGCGAGGCCUGGGCCGACCAGGAGCCACUAAGAACGGGGCCGUGAGGUUUCCAGCUGUGAUGAAGCUGGAGUACGGUGCGGGUGCCGUCGGCGUCAGGAAAGUAGAAUCCCUGGCCGAGAGCGUCGCCCAUUUUGAACGAAUCGGAGGUGACCUGAAGGAGGAGACGGACCACCCGGGCAUCGGGCUGGGCUGGGGGAACGCCAUGACCCUGAUGGAGUACGUAGGCGGCACCGAACACGACAUCGACGUCGUCAUAUUCAACGGCCAACUCGAGGCCUUCGUGUCCGACAACGGCCCCACCCGACCCCCGACCUUCACCGAGACCACGGCCCAGAUGCCCUCGGGACUGGCCCCGGACAAGCGUGGCCAGCUGAUCAGGGCGGCCUACCACGCCUGCUGCGGCCUGCGCGACGGCGUGUACAAUGUGGAGCUGAAGAUGACGGAGCUGGGCCCGCGCCUGAUCGAGAUCAACGCCCGCAUGGGGGGCUUCUACCUGCGCAACUGGAUCCUUCAGCUGUACGGCGUGGACCUCGUGCUGGCGGCCUUCAUGGUGGCGUGCGGCGUGCGGCCCCGCCUGCCCUCUGCCUUAGACCUGCCGGCGGGGGGGCACUUUGCCGGGGUGAUGUGCGUGGUGUCCCAGCACCUCCAGGCCCUGAGGACCACGUCCAGCCUCACCUACCUGCGGAGCCUGCACCAGGAAGGAGCCAUCUGCCUCAACGAGCUGGCGGCGGCCGACGAACUCAUCGCAGGGGAGUACGAGGAGCCCUUCUGUAACGUGGCGAUGAGGGACACCUGCGCCGAGAGAGCCCGCCAGCGUCUGCUCGCCCUCUGCCAGGCCCUGGGGCUACACCGCCCCCCACACUAUGACCUCACCUUCUUCCUGUCUGAGUUUAGUUAAUCUGACGAUUUGGAUCUGAGCAAACUGAAAGCGCUCAUUUUGAAUUAAUCGAGAUGGCUGGCUCAAUGCGUUAUUUGCAUCUUGGUAGUGCCUUAUUGGGUUUUAGGGUACAGCAUGUAUGCCAACCACUAAAUGAUUUACUCUCAUGAUAAUGUGUAUUGAUCUAUAGUGAAUAUAAACACGUCUUACUCAUCUGAAUCUUAAUGUAUUGAGGAGGAUUCUUAAGUAAUAGAUUACAGAAUUUUGUGUUCAACAAAUCACAGUGCUGGGAUUCCUGGUCCUUUCAUCAAUUUAUUAAGGGCAACGGCCCUUGUUUUUUAUUCAUUGUUAUAUCCAAAUAUAGGCCAAAUAAAAGUUCUAGUAACUAUGUUCCCACUAUCUGUACAACCCAUAAGUGCCUUAAAAUAUGAGUGUAGACAAGAUGUCAUGGUGUCAAUAAAUAUAUUUUUCCAAAUCACCUUAAAGGACUUCAUUACAAUUCUUCCUGUGAAACAGAAAAUGUGGACUACAGUGAUGAACAAGUGUGUCAAAAACGAUUGCUAGUUUGAAAAUCCCGGUCAUGCCAGUACUUUCCCGUAGUCAAAAUUGCUGGCCAAAAUAUGAUUGAGAAUGGCAGGGUGGAGAAGAUGAGGGCAAAAGGCAAUUCAACGUCAAGCUGCUGAAAUAUAUUCAGCUUAAAGGUAAUUUUGUAUCACAUUACAUGUGUGCCCCAAACAGCAUUUAAGAGCAUUGCAUUCUUGGGCCAUUAGACCCAAAAGGAAAACGGUCAGCCAAGAAAAUAUACC